UGGGUAGCCGGCCGGGGUCUCCUGGCGACGACGAUGGCGGGGGAUGUGGGCGGUCGCAGCUGCACGGAUUCGGAGCUGCUGCUGCACCCGGAGUUGCUGUCCCAGGAGUUCCUUCUCCUCACCCUGGAGCAGAAGAACAUAACUGUUGAAAAUGACAUGAGAGUAAACAAAGACAGUCUGACAGACCUUUAUGUUCAGCAUGCAAUACCACUGCCUCAGAGAGAUUUGCCAAGGAAUAGAUGGGGGAAAAUGAUGGAAAAGAAGAGAGAACAACACGAGAUAAAAAAUGAGACAAAAAGGAGUAGCCCUGCAGAUGGGUUGCGGAAAAGACCUCUCAUUGUGUUUGAUGGAAGUUCAACAAGUACAAGCAUAAAAGUGAAGAAGACGGAGAACGGGGAUAAUGACCGGCUCAGGCCCCCGCCCCAGGCGAGCGCUACCAGUAAUGCCUUUAGAAAAUUGUCAGAUUCCUCUUCAAGUGUCUCACCCCUAGUUUUGUCUUCCAACUUGCCUGUGAACAAUAAAGUGGCGCACAGUAAUAGUGACACUAGACAGGACCACGACUUCAGGCACAGGAGGAGUCCUCCGGGCCCUGCGAAGUCGCCGCCGCCGUCGCCAGUGGGAGCCACUCCCGUGAAGUUAAAGCGAGCUGCCCCCAAGGAGGAGGCCGAGGCCACGAUUAACCUGAAGCCCCCAGAAGCCAAGAGGAAGAUACAGCAUGUGACAUGGCCGUGAAGGAAAGUUUCCAAAAAUGUAAAUAUAACUGUAACUGUAGUUUUUCAAGCAAGUUCGCAUAUAUUGACAGUAUUUACAGAGAUCUUGAUUAUUGUGGAAUUUUCUUAAGAGGUUUAAAUUAGGUUCAAAAAAAUAAAGUCCUUUUCUUUCCCUUUCUCCCUCCUUUCCUUCCUGUGGUGGGAGGGGGGUAGAAUCUUGCCUUUCAUGCUCUGAUUAGGAAGGAAUUUCUUUUUAAACAAGUGGUUUAUUUAGUAAAGUCAUUUAUAUUGCCCCUAGUCACAUAAUUAGCUGCAAGUCUGGUAUAAAACAUUUGGUGAUUUAUAAGAAUUAUGCUCAAUUGUCUGUUUUGGUCUUUGGGGAAAUUUGAGGUUUUUUUUAAACUCAAAUACUUUAGAAAUUCACGAUUUUUAUUUCUUUGCCCAAGCUAAAGAAUAUAGCAGUUCAUCGCGGUAUUUUAGUGAAUACUGCCAGACUCCCCUUCAGGGUUCCCCAUGGAGAGCAUGUUUGUAGUGCUGCCAGUUACCUGCUCAGAAUAUUCAGAUAACACUGCUGUCCUUGACGCUCAUGUUGCCUCUCUUCCUAGAAACCAAAAGGGAACCCAGUGCUUGUUACUGCUCCUUCUUCCCGUUAAUUGUGAGUUGAUUUAUGGAGAGUAGACUGCCUAGCCCUUGGACACUCCUAACAUGUAGUCAUGGCAGCUCUGACCUCCCUCUUGGCCAGGAAUCACUCCUUCCUGGGAGCAUUAUCUUUUCCAAGUGAAGCUGACUUUAAGCUCUUCAGGGGAGUGAUCCUGUUGGAGGUGGUACCUGACGGCAGGAGACUCGGGAUAGGAAGAGGGGGUAGAAGGCCAGAGCCUGAGGAUCCAGGAAGCCUGGGAGACAGCAGGGGGUGCUCAGUGCCAUGCGCAGUUGGCAGGAGAGGGGCCACCGAGUCGGGGGGUCACUCAGAGCAGCGCGGGGCAGUGGGCAGUGCCCACGGAGGCACCAGAGGUUUCCUGGUGUGUGAAGUGGCAUUACUCUGGUCCUCUAACAGAAGUCGGCGGGGAGACACGCUAGCCUCCUGCUCACGAGUUCCCAGGUCUGCUUUCUGCCGUGUGCUUCUGACCAAGGUCAAGGGUACUUCACGUUCUUCCCUUGUAUGAGUGACCCUCAGGUUGGAGUUUUCCUUCCUAGAGCAGUUCAUCCCUUUGUUGAUUUGUUAAAACAAGCAUUUUAGCUCUUGAAUUGCCUUACAAAACAUUCAUUCAGCCUUGAAGAUAGGAACUAUACCCAAAUUUUAACCCUACAGUUUUCAGCCUUUCUGCCUUUAUCCCGACUAGAAAUCCGCACACGUAAGAGACUGAUCAGCACCAAGUGCUGUGUCCGUUGUUAAUGUUACAGUAAAUUGUUAGAAACGCUUUGUGAUCUGCAGGGCUGACAUCUGGGUAUGUUAAAGGACAACCAUAAUCCUGUACACUGUGUUACGGGAGAUUGUGAAAGUGCAGAGUUAGGGUAGAAUGACAGAUUGUAUUUUAUGUUCUGCUGUGUCUGCUCCCAUUUGCCUCUCUCUCCUUAACUAAGAGAGAGUUAGCCAUUUGACAGUUUUACGUCAGUGGAAACUUAUUUUUAGUUACUCAGUAAAGUUAAUUUUUAAUUUGUAUAUUUAACUUACAGAGUAGGUUGGUAAUAACAGCUGAACUGUGUAACAUUGUUGCUUCAAAUUGAAGUUUAUAUUGUGAACAUUCAGCAUCAGUGCUCAUAUAGCAGCGUAUUUUUGAGCUGUUCUGAGUCUGAAGAGUGGAGAAGCCUCGGCCAAGUACUGCGGGUCACGUUUGCCACAUCUGAGCACAGAGUGGACAUGGCUCCAUGGCGAUGACAGUGGUCCCAGGGGUCACUUUACGGGCUUGUGUCCAUGCCUUGACCUGAGCAGCGCUCACGUGGACGGCGCCUCGCUCUGUGACGUGGGCCCAUCUGGCGGCUUGAUGGAGUGAGUGGAGGGUGGGUGGUCAAUCAGGUGGCUCCCGGUGUAGGCACAUCUACUUCCUGGGCACGUGGGCGCCUGUGCUUCUCCCUCUUGGCUCCCUGUUUUCCUUUUUCUUACUCUCCUCUCCCACAGUUCUACCUUCUCUGCUCCUUCUCCUUCACCUUAUAGAUCCUGAGCUCCAGGCUUACAUUUAUUUGCAAGUCGGACUGCUUGGCCCGAUGAUCACUGGGGCCAGAGCUAGGUGAGCCCCGUCCUCCUUGAGGACCACAGACGCUGGUGCAGGGGUCCGAGAGGGUCUGUCACCCAGUGGCUGAGGACGGGCAGUUCACCAGAAUCGCUUUGGGCACAACCAGGCACUUUGCAAAUACCACUAUGAGGCCAUCAUAUAUAUCUCUGCUAGUAUUAAAAUUCUUCAGAAUUGUAAUUAUUAUUUGAAAUAGCAUUUUGGUUAACUUAAGUUUUGAGAGAUGAUUCUAAAACUGAGCUAGACUCAUUUGAUAGCACCGACCUUCUAAAACUUAUAUUAAGUGAAACUGCCUGUAGGUGAAGUCAGGUCUGUCAGAACACCCUUCCUCUGCUGAUGCUGUGGAACUUGUCAUCCUUAGAGGCUCCAGAGUGGCCAUGAUGUUUUAAGUGUGCUCUUUUAUUAAAUGCUUGUUUUGUAAUUCAGUACAGAGUUUAACCUUGUAAUGUACAUUUUUGUAUGUCAACGGUCUUUUAAGUAGCCUUAUCUUUAUUUAAAUAAAAAGAGUAAAAUUAC